GUGAAAACACAAGGACUUUCAUAUCUCUGUGCCCUCCUCACAAUUCUUCUGGAUCUUCAAGAACACAAGUUCUUCCUUAGAUAUAUAUAGAUUGAUUGCUCUUCUAUGAGGAAAGAAGAUGAUUACAAGCUCAAGAGGAAAAGCCCUUGAAGCCAAGGAAGAAGAAGGUGACACCAACAACAAUAGGUUUGAUAGCCAGUACUCUCUCAACAAACCAUUAUCAUCCAGCACAAGGCAGUGGUCAGAGUAUUCAAAGAACCCGAGAAUAGUCCGCGUUUCGCGUUCUUUCGGAGGCAAAGACAGGCACAGCAAGGUUUGCACCAUAAGGGGAUUGAGGGACAGAAGGAUUAGGCUUUCAGUACCAACAGCUAUUCAACUUUAUGAUCUUCAAGAAAAGCUUGGUCUUGGUCAGCCUAGUAAGGUCAUAGAUUGGUUAAUUGAUGCCGCUAAGAGUGAUAUUGAUGGUCUCCCACCACUCCAAUUGCCUCUUGGAUUUGGUACUCAAUUUCAUCAUCAACAAAUGCUACUUAAUCCUCAUGACUACUCAAGUAGUAGUUUCUCUCAAUCUUCUUCUUUUGCUCCAUUAUUCAGCUUUGACACAAAUUCUAGUACUCUUAGCAAGGAAGGGCUUGAUAAAGAUCAUCGCGACGCAACAGGAAAGUCUAGGUAUUAUAAUUGGGAUUUUGAUGCUUCAUUGAGAGGGAAAAGCAAGGAAGUUGUAAAUGGUGAUCAUGAGGAAGCUCAAGAGCAUAGAGUUUCGGGUUUUGCUGGACAUCAGGUACAAGCCUCGACUCAAAAGUUCUUUCCGGUGACCGGAGUUUUUAAUUCCGACCCCUAUCAUAAUUGGGAACCUUCAAAUUUGUCCUUGUCUCAAUUUGGAAACCAUGAAUUUCAAUCCCAAGGAGGAGAGAGUUCAAUCAACAACAAUAACCCUAACCCUAUGUUGUUGCCAUUAUCAUUGCCACUCCCUCCUUCUCAUUUGUUUUUCGGUCCGAGUGGGACAACAAUUUCACCUAUUAUUCAUCAUCCUCCUUUUGUUACCACUCCUCCCAUAGAGAAUCAAUCAAGAGAAACUAACCAUUUCUCAUUGUUGACCUCAAAUAAUAGUUCAGAAAAUUUCGUACCUGGUUCUCGGACAAUUGGCUUGCCAGAAAAACAUUUCCCGUUCAACGUGGAGCCUGGAUUUCUUCAGCAUUUACACAAUCAAAGAGAGAGGCAUCCUGGUAAUGACAGUACUCGUCCCUGAAAAUUUUCUUGAUGUAGUCCAAUGUUGAGGACCAUUUGGAAUACACAUUUAGCUUCAUAUGGAGUACAAGACAAAGUACGUACUUAUAUACUUAUACGUACAUCGUGGAUUCAAGCGACGAGUUGGGGACGAAGCUAUGGCUAUGUACCUUUUUAUUGUUUAGUUGUGAUCUUAAUAUACAGGUAAGAGAUUAUAUAUAUAUACA